AUGAUAAAAUCUGAAGUUUCUAGUGGUGCUGCUUCCACCACUGUGGGAAAUUUGGCUCAUAAUGGUGCAUCGUUGCUGGCUAAGAACCAGGAUGGAAAGCAGAACCUAAUUCGCCAGCAACAACAUCAACAACAGCUACAACAACAACAGCAACUUAAACAUAGGGCUGCCCUUCAAAAUUACCAUUUUGCCUCAACGUCGGAGGAGAUUCUAAAAAAGUACUCUAAAUAUCCAGCAUCUAUGAGUUUACAUAUUUUUGAGACACAUUACAGGUUCAACAAUUCCCAAGAUUCCCAAGUAAUUCCUAAGGACUCCCCCAUGAUUAAAGAUUUCAUGAAACAUGUUUUGAAAGAGGAAAUUCCGGUGGAAAUGUGUGAAUUAAUCAAGGAUUUUGCCAUCAGGCCAUAUGAUGGAUGUAUAAUAUUACAAGUUUAUGAUCACAGAAAUAUGAUCAAAACAGCCGUUUUGCAGAAUAGAUCAACAUUAUCUCCAUCCAAGGAUCAAGACAAAAAACAGCAAAUGGCUGUUUCAAAACCUCGGACAUAUAGAACGUUGUUGAGACCGACUUCUCUUUCCAUUUAUUACGAUUUACUUUAUCACACGGAUUCAGCGCUCCAUCGAUUCACCGAUUAUUUAUCUUUACAGAUGGAGUCUGAGAUUUUGACAGCAACAAAUAGAGAGUUAAAUUUAUCAGUUCCUUUGAAUCCUUAUAACUAUGAUCACCUUAGACCUGAACCAGAACUUUCUGGUGAUGAAUCACAUGACAUUGGCAACGAGAUUGACGAAGUUAAAUUCCAACACAGAGAUGCCAUUGAACAGCCACGUCGCAAAAUUCACCAAGAUGAAAUGGUGUUGCAUAAAUCAUCGGAAUACGAAGAACUCAUGUUGCUAUUAUCAAACAAGCCUAAACGUCCUGACGAUUGUCUGGAUAAAAGGCUUGUAGUUGUGAGCACUUCAGCAUUGCCAAGUUCGUCAACAACCGGGGCCUCUAGCACAUCAACAGUAACUGCUGCUGCAACACCCACACCGACAAGUACAACCGCUUCAGCUGCUUCUCAGUCUUCUAAACAGACUACUGCAGACGGGGUUUCAUCUGCAGAUACCAAAACUAAGAAAGGAGACAAAGCAAAUGGUGCUGGCACAAAUCAAACUGCAGCAUCACCCACUUCUGUCCACCCUCCUAUUACUACAAUACCACAAAAUCUGGUUAGGGCUACUGGACAAUUUAUGAGGUUGAGAUUAAUAGAGGAAAUAAGAAAGAAACGUGAAAUAGAGAAGUUGCAACAAGAAGCAAAGAUCCAGGCUCAAGCAAAUGCUAUUCAGGGUGAGCUGGUACAACCCAGUCAACAGUUGGUCCCCCAAAACUCCAUGAACUCGCCUGUUAGUGUUGAACAAACGAAGCGUCCAUCCCCAGCAACCCAGAAUCAGCCCGCACCCAAAAGAGCGAAGAAAGAGACAAAAAAACAGUUACAAGCUAAAGCACAAGCCAAAGCACAGGCACAGGCACAGGCACAGGCCAAAGCACAAACUGAGACUCAAAGUCCGGUUCCUAUCCAGGGUCAAAAUUCAGUAUCUGCUGCUCUGCUGCUUAAUGGGUCCAAUGUGACCAAUACAGCAAAUACGCCGACGAUGAAUAAUCAAAAUACUCUUCAACAACCUUCCCAGCCACAGCAGCCGCAAAUAGGAAGUUUGAAUAACAAUCAACAAUCACAGCAACAGAAAACUCCCCAACAGACCCUUCAGCAACAGCAACAACAACAGAUAUUCCAGAACUCAUUGACGCCUGAAGAACAGAAAGUGUAUAAGCAAAUUCAACAGAACAUGGCUACACUUGCAAUGAUGGGUCAAUCUGGUGUUACCCCUACAGGUCAAAAAUUGACGCCACAACAGAAGCAACAAGCAAUUCAACAAGCAAAGAACUUACAGCAGCAAUUAUUUCAACGAUUCCCACUCUAUUUUCAACGUAUGAAACAGUUGCAGCUAAUUCACCAAAAAAGAAGAUUACAGCAACAACAACAAGCCUCCAAUGCUGCUAAUUCAUCGGGCAGUAAUCAAAACAGUACAUUGAACCAAGCUUCUCCACAAACCCAACAGUUUAAUCAAGCAUCACCAUCUACUACAGAGCAACCAAAACCUGUUGCAUCAUCACCAGAAGUUAAAAAGAAAAGAACUUAUCAGAAAAAGAAAAAUGCUCCUACUAAUUAA